AUGCAUUCAUCUCGCGCAGGCGACAUUGUGUACCUGGACGCACUGGGCACGCCCAUGAUCAUCCUCGGAAGUCAUGAAGCGUCCAUAGACUUGCUUGAGAAACGUUCUUCGAUCUACUCCGAUCGGCACUUGGCUCUCAUGGCACAAAUCACCGGGUUCGGCUGGCUGUUUUCGAUGAUGGCGUAUGGGCCGCAGUGGCGGAAGACAAGGAGCGCGUUCCACCAGUGCAUGAAUUUGGCCGCCAUUCCCCGUUUCCGCCCGGUACAAGAGCUCGAGACGAAGAAGUACUUGCUCAAGUUACUUCGGGACCCUAGUGGAUUUGCGGAGCAUGGAAGACAUCUAAUUGGAGCAAUUAUCAUGCGUGUGGCGUACGGCAUUGACGUAGAGGAAGAGGGGAAUCACAAAUACGUCAAGAUUGCCGAGAACACGAUGGACGUCUUUAACGUCGUCUUUCAGCCUGGGCGAUACAUCAGGAAAACGUCACGGACUUGGACCCAUACUUGGGCCCAAACGAUUCCGAGCCUGCGUCAUAUACCCUCUUGGUUUCCCGGCGUCAAGUUCAAGCGCGACUUUGCUCGCUGGAUCCCCAUCCAAUCCAUACUGAUCACACGGUACUUGUGGUCGCAGCGUGGCGGUCAUGCACAUGAGUCCAUCGCAAGCAUUCUGCUGGAUCGCGUUGAGGACAAGAAUAAAGACGAAAUGGACACCGCCAAGCGUGCGGCUGCGGCUGCCUACAUCGCUGGGGCAGACACUACGCUCUCAACUCUGAGCACGUUCCUUGCUGCGAUGGCGUCUCACCCAGAGGCACAGAAGUGCGCACAGAAAGAGCUCAGCCGUGUUAUUGGCUCAGAUCGGCUCCCGACACUGGCCGAUAAGGAGGACCUUCCGUACGUCAUGGCGAUUGUGAAGGAGUGCAUGCGGUGGCGUUCGGUCGUCCCUCUUGCUGUGCCUCAUUUUUCAAUAGAAGAAGAUGUGUACAUGGGCUACCGAAUUCCCAAGGGUUCCAUUGUCCUGUCUAAUAUCUGGUCAUACUCUCGUGACGAACGAUACUACCCUGAUCCAGAAGCGUUCAGACCCGAGCGGUUCUUGACGGAGGAGAGAAAGCUGGACAGCACUGUUCUUAACCCAUCUCAUUUUGUCUUCGGAUAUGGACGGAGGAUCUGCCCUGGACGACACUUCGCAGAGGCGUCUCUUUUCAUGAUCCUCUCGUCUGUUCUUCAUGUGUUCAACAUCCGUCCCCCUUUGGACAAAGAAAGAAGACCAUUACAGUUGGAGGUGAAGAUGACGAACGGCGUAGUAUCGUACCCAGAAGCAUUUGAUUGCGUUAUCACGCCUCGCUCUACGUCUACGGAAGCUCUGAUUCGGUCUUCAUGCUCCGACUGA